AUGAGUAAUCGCAGUUUCGCUACAUCAAUCCUUCACGUGACAAAAAUGCUGAAAAACGUCUUCUCAUUUCCUGUCUACGAGCAGAAUAAAAGUUUAAAUGUCUAUUUAAAAGGAAAAGAACAAACUUUGUCGUCAUCUCACAUUUCCGAAUCAUGUCGCUUUCUCUGGAUCUGUGUCAGCAUGACAAGCCUCAUAAAAAUAUCAUAA